CAACACUGCACCUUAAUUUAAAAACAAAACUAUUAAUUUAUGUAAUUUUUAAGCAUAAAUGGCUCUUACAAAAGUCUACGAUGCCGUCACAGUGUUUAAACACCUAAACGGCAUUUUAAAUGUGUACAAACCGGCCGGCAUGAAAGCCAAGCACGUGCGCAAUGCCAUCCUUAGCAACAUUUGCAAAGGACUCAACGAAAUGAAGCAGCGCGAGCUUAGGAAGCUGCCAAAAGACACACCGCUCCUGGGCACUGGCACAGCCGCUGACAGCGUACUCCACAACAUAGCUAACAAUGAGGAUCUCUCGGACAACAUCCUGUCUGUUGGCCCGCGCUACCUGCCAAGGGACAUACGCUGCGCCACGGUUUCUAGUCUGGGCGAUCACACCAGCGGGGUCUUGCUCUUCGGGAUCAACAAAGGAAUAGGACAGUCCGGUUGCCUUCGGAAGAACCAGCUGGUGCGAGUUUACCACAUCACCGGCUGCAUGGGCACCGCCACAGAGAACCACCUGCCAGACUCGCACGUCACUGUGCGUUCCAACUACAGGCAUGUAUCUGCAGACAGGAUCAGUGGCCUGGCCGCCUCCAUGCAGGCAUCGCAUCAGCGAAAGAUGUUUGAGCUAUGUGGCGUUGACCUGCAGACCCAGGAGGCCUAUGAACUGGCCUGCAAGGGCCUUAUACGUCCAUCGGACGACAGUCAGCCCGUUAUCUACGGCAUCAAACUGAUACGCUUGGAAGGACCUUACUUUACUCUGGAACUCCAUGGCAUCAACGAGACGCAGGAGUACCUGGCCGCCCUGGUGCAUGACAUGGCCCUGGAACUGCGCACAGUGGCACACUGCUCUCAGCUGCGUUGCGUCCGUCAUGCCCACUUUGAUGUCAGGGAUAGCUUGCUGAGACACGGCUGGCACUUGCCUGGAAUCAUGAAGAAUCUGCGACAACAGAGGGAUAUUUUAAGAGAGCACCCAGAGCUUUUAAGGCAGGAACGAGUGGAGUUGCAUGCGUGAGAGAGUUCCUUUAAGAUUUGUAAAUAAAAAAGCUUAGAAAUUUGUAA